AUGACAAGAAGAACCAAACACGAGUUGAUAGUUAAUACUACCAAAAGAAACAAAGCAUUCGAUAAAAGGACGCAAAGCCUCGUGAAAAAGGCAAACGAGCUCUCUAUACUAUGUGGGGUCAACGUUGGCUUGAUCGUUCACAAUAGAGAAGCCAAUGAGAACAAUGUGGUCUUGUGGCCUUCCCCACCGGCCUUUAACGAGUUGCUCGAGAGGUUCGUCAACACUUCGAAUGCAGAAAAAGUUAGAAAAAUGGAAACACAUGAAACAAGCGUGCUUCGAGCAAUUAGAGAGGGGACUGAGAAUUUGUCUAAGGCCAAAACGACACUUGAGAUGACAGUGUCUCGACAACUUUUGGCCGAGGUGACUAAGGGAAAGGACAUGAAGGAGCUCGAUCUGCAACAACUCAAAGGGUUGGCUUUGUUUGCAGAGGAGAUGCUAAAAAAGGUUCAAAAGAGACGAGUCGAGCUCAAUGCUGAUCUAACAAAUGUUGCAUCUACUUCUAAUCGAAACACAACAUUCAGGAAAAGGUCAACAAGCCUCGUGAAAAAGGCUAAUGAGCUCUCGAUUCUAUGUGGAGUCGAUGUUGGUGUGGUCGCCCAUAAUCGAGAAGGUGGUGAGAACAAUGCUGUCCUUUGGCCAUCCCCUCAAGCCUUUAAUGAGAUGUUGCAAAGGUUUCUCAACGCAUCUGAAGUGGAGAGAGCUCGAAGAAUGGAAACCCACGAAACAAACGUGCAGCGUGCCAUCAUGGAGGAAGUGGAGAAUGUGGCGAAGGCCAAGAAGAAAGUUGAGAUGAGAGUUUCUCAACAAUUAUUGGGCGAGGUGACUAAGGGUAAAGAUCUGAAGGAGCUCGAUCUACAACAACUGCAAGGAUUAUGCUCGUUUGCAGAGGAAAUGCUCAAUAAAAUUAAAAAGAGAGAGGAGGAGCUCGAUGUUGACCAAACAAAUGUUGCAUCUACUUCAAAUGUGGCACCCCAAAACUAA